AUGUUGCUUUGUCGCAUAACUUGGGCUAUCUUUGCCCUUGCUGCUGGCUCCUACGCUGCUGAUCAAGACAUUCUUACCAUCUUGAACCAGCAAACUGGGAUUUCCACCUUCACUGGAUAUCUCCAACAGUUUCCGGGCCUGAUUGACCUGUUGAACAAUGGCACUUUCAGUGUCCUGGUACCGAACGACCAAGCGAUCUCGACAUUCACAUCGGCAAACCAAGAUGUGACCGAAGACGAACUUCUAGCAUUACUUCAGUACCACUGCGUAAAUGGCACUCAUCCGUCGGCUACCUUUGGCUUACAGCCACUAUUUGCGCCGACUCUUCUUACCAACACUAGUUACACCAACGUGACUGGUGGGCAGGUGGUUGAGAUCACCAUGCUAAAUAACACGCCUACAAUCUUGUCUGGCGUAAAGGCUGCGUCGCAGAUCGUUGAACCUGAUAUCCUUUACAUUGGCGGCCUCAUUCAAAUCGUCGAUUCAGUGCUGACCAUACCCAUCUCAUUCCCAGCGACCAUCACCAAAGCCGGGUUGACUGACCUCAUCGCACUGUUAAACAAGGGCGGCUGGUUAACGCCAACCUCGCCGGCUGCCACGAUCGUCAACACCCUAUCCGACCUUACCGUCUUUGGUCCGAACAGUCCUCAAUUCGGCGCAUCAUUCACAGGGUGGGACGGCCUGACCGAAGCGUCCUUGCUCGAAAUAUUUCAGUAUAGCAUUUUACAGGGGGAGGUGCUCUAUUCUUCAGAGUUCAAGAACAACUCAGAGCUCCCCACCCUGCUCAACCAAUUUAGCCUGACCAUGAGGAAUAUCAGCGGCGGCUUCUACGUCGACACAGCACUGAUAACGACCACUGACUAUCUUACUUCAAACGGAGUACUGCAAAUCAUUGACUCUACCUUGGACCCCAACACCACGGGCACAGUUCCAACUUCUACACCAGUUCCCUCAUCGUCAGGAGGUUCAAGCGGACUCAGUGCUGCCGCUGGCGCAGGUAUCGGCAUCGCCAUCGGCGCUGUUAUACUCGGCGGUGCUCUCGUGGCAGCCCUUUACUUACGGAGCAAGCGUCGUGGACAAGGUGGUGGCGGCAUGAUGGGCAUCGGCAUGUUCGGCAGGCGACAGCGGCUUGACGGAGAGUCACGCGAGCGCGUCGGCCACACUACCGAUCCCGACGGACCGCCACCAACCUAUGAGCUGGAUGCAAAGUCGAUAAGAGCAGGUAGACACGGGGGAAGAGACGCCUCGAGCACGCACGUGUUCGAAAUUCAUCAUCCGCCGAAACCGCCCUCACCUCUGGAGAUUGACGGCAACGAAAGAAGUAGGAUCAGUAUCACUAUUCAAGGAAGUCCCCCACGGCACUUGGGCUUUCAAGCACGAUAUUGA